AAAUGGCAACCUAUGCACUUCCUUCAGAGAGGCAUGUGAGCACUUAGGCCUCAUUGAGCACGACAAGACUCUUGAUGAUUGCAUGACAGAGGCAGCCACAUUUCAGAUGCCUUCUGCCCUAAGACGGUUGUUUGCAACUAUAUUGGUAUUUUGCGAGGCAACAGAAAUCCGAAAAUUGUGGGAUAAACAUCUACCAUCAAUGUGUGAGGACUACAGUCGUAAUGAAUCCAAUGAGUCGGUACUUGCGCAGAUGGUCCUUCGAGAUAUUAGGGAUAUGUUGCAAUCCAUGGGAAAGGAUAUUAAGAGCUAUGGACUUCCAGAUCUGGUUGAGACCGAUGGUUCUUAUGACAGUGAAUACAGAGAGGUAACAGAGGAGAGGCAAAUCACCGCGGACACAGAACAUCUAGAUCUAUUUAGCAGUUUGAACCAUGAGCAGCUAGCUGGUUUCAAUGACAUAAUGGAUCAUGUGAUGAACAAAAAAAGCCAGAUAUUCUUUGUUGAUGGUCCAGGAGGAACUAGGAAGACGUACUUGUACAAGGCAUUGCUAGCAAAGGUGCGUUCCAUGGGCGAAAUCGCGAUCGCAACUGCUACAUCUGGUAUUGCAGCGUCGAUAAUGCCUGGAGGACGCACAGCACACUCCCGGUUCAAAAUUCCAAUCAAGCUCACUGACAACAGUAUGUGCGGUUUCACAAAACAGAGUGGUACAGCGGAGUUGCUUAGACAGGCGUCCCUGAUAAUUUGGGACGAGGUCGCUAUGACAAAACGACAAGCAGGUGAGACGCUUGAUAGAUCACUACAGGAUAUAAUGGAAUGUUCUUUGCCAUUUGGAGGAAAGGUUGUUGUCUUUGGUGGUGAUUUCAGGCAGGUCCUACCCGUUGUGACACGUGGGACAAGAGCACAGAUAACGGAUGCUACACUUUUGAGAUCCUAUCUUUGGGAGAAGACCCACAAGAUACGUCUCACGCGCAAUAUGCGGGCACAUGCUGAUCCUUGGUUCUCAGAGUACCUACUAAGGAUAGGCAAUGGAACUGAAGAGACAAUUGGCGACGAUUAUGUCCGUCUCCCCGAGGACAUUGUCAUUGGCUAUACCGAGGAUGAAAAAGCUAUUAACAUGCUCAUCGAAGAUGUCUUCCCAUCUUUGCAGGCCAAUGCUAGAUCGAGAGAGUACAUGAGUGCACGUGCUAUUCAUUCAACCAUGAACGAUCAUGUCGAUGACCUGAAUGACAAAAUGAUCUCCAGGUUUCCAGGCGAAGAAAAGUUAUACCAUAGUUUUGACUCAAUUGAGGAUGACUUGCAGAAUAAUUACACAAUUGAUUUUUUGAACUCAAUCACACCAAAUGGCUUGCCCCCGCAUGUUUUGAAAUUAAAGGUCAACUGUCCAGUCAUUCUGCUCCGGAACCUCGACCCUCAUAAUGGUCUAUGCAAUGGAACACGGCUUAUGAUCAGAGCCUUUCAGGAUAAUGCAAUCGAUGCGGAGAUUGUUGGUGGUCAGCAUGCUGGAAAGAGGGUGUUUAUACCUAGGAUCCCUAUGUCACCCUCAGAGGACAUCUCACUUCCUUUCAAACUUAAGAGAAAACAGUUCCCCAUCCGCCUGAGUUUUGCCAUGACAAUUAACAAGGCACAGGGUCAGACCAUCCCAAAUGUCGGCAUUUACCUUCCCGAGCCAGUAUUCUCACAUGGGCAGCUAUAUGUUGCAUUGUCAAGAGGAGUGUCGAGAGAGACAACACGGAUUUUGGCCAAGCCAAACAAGGAUGUUGAUAAAUCCGGGAAAAGCACCAAGAACAUUGUCUACAGAGAUGUUUUGGAUAGAUGAGGCAGGUGCAUUAUUCCAUUAUUUCUUUUCACAUACUAUGUUCGCUUUCAAAACCAGCUUAUGAAACUAGCUCCUUACAAGCUUUUCAUUUUUGUAGCCGUAUCUCAUGUCAUGCACAUCACUUCACAUUUUUUGUUGAUCAGGUUUGAGAAAUAUUCUUGUUCAGGAGAAUUAAGGCUUUGCUGUGGUUACUGGUCUCCACAUGUGCAACUUGUAAACCUAUUUGGAAGAGAAGAGCAUGGUCGAAUGAUGCUACGACAUGGGGUCAGAUCAUACAUAAUAAGGAACGCUUUGUGCUGUAUCCUGUACUAUCUAAUUUUUCCCUUCGAAAUUAUGUUCUGUUAAACAUGUUCUUGAAUGCCCAAGUGAGAUGCUCUAUGAUAUAUUUGUAACGAAAACUGCAAAAGACUGAGAUUCCUGGAAUAUAUUCUUGAAUGCCUAAGUGAGAUGUUCUAUGAUAUAUUUGUAACGAAAACUGCAAAAGACUGAGAUUCCUGGAAUAUAUUGAAGUUAAAAGGCGUUUUUUACUACUAUAUUGCAAAUAGGACGUUCCCGGAUCUAUAGCACACGAGCUCACAUGCUUUCUUUUUUUAUAGAAGAAAACAAAUCAAAAGAAUAAUGCAUACAGUAUUCAUAAAAGAAUAUAAGUCAUGUAACAGACUAAACUGGUGGAUAACCACAGUG